AUGACUAUCAACCCGACUUACCUUGCGCAGCGCACGCGCUCCUCCGCCAAUUGGGCCGAUGCGAAGUCUCGUGUCAUGAGGUCUUACAGGGAAUGGCUUAGAGCGUCCCCAGAGAUCCAGACCAUGUACUCCUUGAACAUUCCCGUGUCCGCCAUCCGCACAAAGAUCCGCCAGGAGUUCGAAAAGCACCGUUACGUGAAACAGCUGGGUGUUAUCGACGUGCUACUUUUCCAGAGCCACUCUGAAUACCAGGAAACCCUCAACUACUGGAAGCAGCUGUCGCAUGUGAUGAAGUACUUCCGGCCAGAGGAGGAACCCGGCGCUCGACUACCUCCUAACUUCAUCUCUGGCUUCUUGGAAGGCCGCAACUAA